GCAAGAGAGAGAGAAGAUCAGCCAGCAGAAGAGAAAGUGGUUGUGUAUAUGUCAAAGGGAGAGAGAGAGCAAGAGAGAGAGUGAGAGAGAGAGAGAGAGAGAGAGAGAGAGAGAGAGAGGAGAGAGAGAGAGAGAGAGAGGGAAACAAGAGAGAGAUAAAAAAGAGAGAGAGUGUGGGGGCAAUCUGCCAGAGAGUGGUAACCCUAGCUCAACCCUCAGCCUACAGUACCUGCGCUUCUACACACACUUUCGUACACACGCGUGCGUACACAUACUCAUCCAUGAUGGACUGUAGUCAGAACAGAGCAAAGUGACUUCCCUCCAGCUUGUGCUCAACUAACCAAAGAUCUGCUAGCAGCCAGACGCUACUGAGUCAGAAUGGAGGAGGCUGACCUACUGCGGGAGAGACUGCAGGCCAUCACGGAAAAGAGAAGAAUACAAGAGGACAUCGCAAAGAAAAGGAGAGAAAUUGAAGAGGUCAAGUUAAAACUUCAGUAUCUGAAGAAAAAGGCUCUGCGGGAACAAUGGCUCAUGGAUGGUUUAUGUGGCCAGAAUGAUGAGGAAGAACACGCUAUGAGAGUACAAGCUCAGGAGGAACAACAACGGGCUGAGCUCCUACAGAGUGAUAUUGACAGAAUAGAAAGUGAGAUCAGCGCUCUUGAGACACAGGAGAUGAAUAUUUCAGAGAAUGAAGAGCUCAUUCUGAAGCGGCUGAAGGAGGUGGAGAAGACUGCAGAGGACAUUAUAAAGGCAGUCAAUGGUGCUGUCCAACCAGAGCCAAUUCAGUACAUUUAUUCUGCAAUACCUGAUAUUCCUAAGUCAUAUACCCCAACCCUUCUGAGAAGAAUUAACACUCCAGUACAAGAGCCGGAUACCGAACAAGAGAAAAAGGCAAUGUAUGCUAUGGAGAUUAGUGUGGAAAAAGACCUGCGCACAGGAAAGAGUCAGGUUCUUUCCUCUGCCACGGUCGCCCCACAGGAGUUCCAGCAGAAAGGCAUCAAAGUCUACGAUGAUGGCAGAAAAAGUGUUUUUGCUGUACAGUCUGCUGGAAAGGUGUCUGAUGAUAGUUUAGAUGCACUGAGUCCUCUGGAGGUGGAGGAGCUUCUAAGAAAAGCAACACAGAAGAAGGCUUCAAGCGAUGUGGAGUACCAUGAGCCUGUGUUUUCCAGUCCAUACAGCAGGCCCUGUACUCCUAGAAAAGGGGAACGAGGUGUGAUAAGCCCAGCUCACAAUGGUUUCCACAAGGUUAGCAAGACUCCCAGCCCAUUACAGCCUGAAAACUGCAUGAAACAAGAUGCUCAAGGUCAAGCAGAUGCCAAGUUCUCACCCUUUUACAUUCCAGAUUCCAGACAAUAUCUUCACAAUAACCACAGUUCUAUAAACAGACAGGAAGCUAAUCUCACCAAAGGAUGUGGUGGUGAGCACUUAAACAAACAAGAGCUCAUCCAGGAACCUGAGGAACAGCAAAAUUUCACUCCAGAAUCCAAUUCAGAGUUAGAAUAUGAAAGAACCUCUCCUAUUUACUCAAAAGUGGACUUCAACUCCAUCCCGGCUGAGCUGGACUGUAGUGAGCCUAUCACUAUGAUUUUUAUAGGUUAUCAGAAUGCGGAGUCAGAUGAGGAAGAGGAGAAGAUGCAGGCUGAACUGGUGGUUAUUGGCAGUGAUGGAGAAGAACACGAUGAGGAACCACUGUCAUAUCAUCCGCACGGGUACCACAGCAAGAUCUUCCAGCCCAGGAGUGACAAUAUCCACCGCUCAGAGAUCAGGCCUAGCAUAUUCAGUCCAGGAGGACAAAUAAGGACACACAUGGAGCAGAUGACCCAAGUGCCUCAGGGAGCUGUAAGGCAUCCAGAGGUGGAUGGCAUAGAAGUGAACGAAGGUUGCUUUCCCUCUCAGAAACAGACAGAAACAGAGCUGAAGUCCCUCGCCAAGACAGUAACCAUGGAGACGAGUGAGCAAUCCAGCACAGCAAACAUAAUUGACUGUGAAAUGGAAGUCCAGGAGGCUGAGUUACCUGAGAACAAGGACACGUGCGCUGAAGAUGAACAAGCUUACUAUGAUGAUGACCUUUUAGAAUCUCUGAGUGCAAAAGUAGUGGUUGACAUCUUAGCAGAGUUGCCUCCAACAGACACACAUGUUGAUGAAUUUGAAGAUGUGGCCUGUCCAAAAGAAGCAUUAGUACUGGAGGACAAUCAUGACGAGCUUAAUCGCAAUGAAUCCAUUACUUCCUCAGAUACACCAUCUAGUGCUGAGAGUGUGUAUGAAAAUGAGACCACGCGGAAAAGACAGGAUUCAGUCAAAGAACAGCUGCUGAAAAACACUGUGUCUAUAAUACAGAGUAGUGAAGAUGGAGGCAUACUAGACCCACUGAAGACAGAAUCCCAUGAGGCCAUCUUAGAAGGCUUAGGCUAUGAUGCAGCCGAAUCCAUGUUGGAAUCGUACAUUCGGGAGGAAGUUAUGUCAGACGUCUCAACGGACUCCGUUCAUGACCCUGAGGACUUGGAGGAGUGUGUCCGUGUGGAAAUUGCAGCCGCAUCAUCUGAUUCUGAAACAGAUGAAAAGUGGAGGACUAUAUUUUCAUCCUCCAUCAAUAAGGAAGAUGAUGACUCCUACCUGGACAGCCUUGAGCUGAGCGCACAAGAACUCUUUAUUCAAAAGCCUGAAGUAAAGAACAUGGAGAACCACUCAGAUGCAAAGGAAGAAGAGGUAGAGCAGGAUAUCAUCCCUGUAGACGAUGUGCUAGAGCAACCAGAGAGCGAUUCAACUUAUGUGCAGGCAACAAAGGACAUCUCAUACAAUCCCUCAUCACUGUUCCAUGGCUUGUCCAAGAUAUCAGAGGAUGAGGAAGAGUUGGGUAAAAAUUCUGUAAACCACAAGGAUAAUUCAUCUAGUUGUAUCAGGUCAGACCCAAACAAGAAGGUGCCAAAGGAUUAUUGUGUGAUUCAAGAGAUGAAGAGUGAAAAUGUCAGUACAGAGCAUGUAGAUUUCAGAGUUGCUCGCAAUCAGUGGCUGCAGAUGGAGGAGCAAACAAAGAAUCUGGUACACCAGCCAGUCACCAAAAGCGGUACCUGCCAGGGCAGUCACACCUUUAUGUACACACCAGUGCGCAACAUUGACAGGCCCAAGAGGGACCAUGAUCUUGAGAGUUUGGCACUUGGAAGAGACUUCUCACACAACAAUCAGUUCAGCCCCUGCUCAGAGGAUUCUGGACUGGAUGAUUCCAGUUACAGGUCACCUUACGAUGACCCAGAGACCCCCGUUGAGAAGGAGAUCCGUUUUGCUGCUGAGCGAGAAGAAAACCCAAGGCGUGAAAAGGGAAUGUCCAAAUCAUACUCAAGUGACUGCGUGCAGGGAAAAGGAAGACCAGUCAUCUUGAACCCUGGAAAUUUAUGUCGGGAAGUGGAUGAGAAGAGAAAGAUGCUUGAGCAUCAGGAUGACAACUGCAGAUUAUCUUCCAGCAGCAAGAUGCCAUCUUUCAUCAUUACCUCAUCACCAACAAGAGGAUCACAGAAGCAUGAACUGCCAGCCAACAAUGUUAUUAUCCUUGAGCCUGAACCUUGCCAUCAAAGUCCACGCCAUGGUGGAAAAUUGGUGACAUCCAAAUCUGCUGACUGGAGAUCAGAGGAUCCCCCCAGUGUAAUCAUACUGGAAACAUCAAACCUAAUUAUUCGAAGUGCGUCAGAGUUUAACCUGAACUCUUCAGUGGAGACCCAAGAGAAAACUUUCCUCAACAAUCCAUUUUUCAAGCUGCGAUCCAGGAGCACCCUUUCUCUGGUUGAUGAAGAAAUUAAGAUGGUAAAACAACGAGAGGAAGAACUGAAAAGACAAAGAGCCAGUAUUUACACUAAGGAGAAGUUCUUGGGCUCCCCCAGUCUUCUGGACAGCUCAUAUGACAAACAAGACGAUAUUCCAAUAAAGUGUAAAUCAUCUCCCUCGUCCCCCAUGAAGACUUACAAGAUGGAUCGUUCAACCCUAUCAUGUGAUCACAGAUUUCCUGAGUCCUAUUCUGGAGGCCGCCGUAAAAGUGCCAUGGCUCUGCGCUGGGAGGCAGGGGAGUUUGCAAAUAACGACUAGAGAGCAACAGACCCAAUAUCAAUCUACAACUUUCUUUGUUUCAUGUAAAAGACUUUAGUAGUGUUACUGACUCAUGUUUAUCACGUGACGCCUGCCAUGUAAGCACAUGUUGUUGCUGCUUGUGUGGUUUUUUCGGCUCUUCAUUCAUGUUCUGCAAAAAAUCUGAGUGUUUGCCAAGACGCCUGAAUGUUACCUGAAUGUUAGUUGUUCAGUCUAUGCUUGUUUCUUAACAGAAAUGCUGAGAAGAAGUUGAGCAUAUUUAUUGUAAUGUCUUAGUACAAAAGACAGGAAAAUAUUUAAUGUAUUUUCAUAUUGUAUUUUCUUGUAAGGCAAGUUUGUAUUUCCCUGCUCUACACUAAAAUAUUUGAAACAGACUAGCAUAAAGUGGACACAGUGGACAGUUAUUGUUUUAUUUUUCCCAAAAUCAUUGCACUGAAAACAAAACUUAUGUUGGCUUUCACCUUUCUUUUGAACAAAUAGACAGUAUUUGACAUUAGAGGCAUUUCAAAUAUGGAUAUUGUCCUGACACAACCUUUUAAUAUUCCUAUUUAUUAUAUCCCAAAAGGAAUAUGUAACUUUACUAUUUAAGUGAUAUUAGCUGCAUUAUUGUGUUAAUGGAGAAGCACUAUAAUUACAUUGCUUUGUAAUUUGUCCAAAAUAUGUUUGUAUGCAUAUGUGAAUCCAUUUUGUUUAUUAGGACCAUGAGUAUUGCUUGCUUAUUCUAUGUAAGCCAUUACCAAGUAAACUUUUGCAUUGCUUUUUAUUGAGGAGAGAAAAAUAAAUCAUAAAUUUAAAAAAUG